AUGGCGUCCAGCGAGGAGGACGGCACGGUUGAGGAGAAGGAAAACAACAACAAGAAGAGAACGAAAGGCACCGUCGCUACAGCAUGGCUCACUUUCUACAACAUCGCCAUGACCGCCGGGUGGCUGGUUUUGGCCAUAGCAAUGAUGCGCUUCUACAUCCAGAAAGGCACACACAAGGGUCUGUACAGAAGUAUAGCGAGGACACUCAAGUUUUUCCAGACCUUUGCGUUACUUGAGGUGGGACAUUGUGCCGUAGGUAUCGUGAGGACUUCUGUGAUUGUAACCGGGGUUCAAGUGUGUUCGCGGAUUUUCAUGGUUUGGUUCGUCACCAACAGCAUCAGACAGAUCCAGAAUGAAGAAAGCGUACUCCUAUUCCUGGUUGUGUGGACGAUGACAGAGAUUACCAGAUAUUCCUACUACACAUUCAACCUGCUCCACCUCCUGCCGUACUUCAUCAAAUGGGCCAGAUACAACCUUUUCAUCAUCCUGUACCCUCUGGGAGUCGUUGGAGAGCUGCUAACCAUUUAUGCUGCUCUGCCGUUCGUACGCAGAUCUGGAAUGUACUCCAUGAGGCUCCCCAACAAGUAUAACGUGUCCUUCGAUUACUACUACUGCCUCAUCAUCAUCAUGCUGUCCUACAUCCCACUGUUUCCUCAGCUCUACUUCCACAUGCUGCGGCAGAGGAGAAGGAUGCUUCACGGGGAAGUCAUAGUGGAGAAAGACGACUAGACAAACACCACCUCGUGCCUUCGUUUGAGCCAGCCUGCCUCUUUAUCACCCUCACCUUCAUCAUCCCCCCUUCCCCCUCACCCCCCCAACCUGCUUCAUCACCAUCACCAUCUCAUCUUUUAGCACCAUCAGCCGUUACAUUCUACAUCGCAUCGGGACCGGAAGCUGACGACCUGUCUGACGAGAGCUAGAAAACUAAAAAAAAAAAAAAAACCCCAUUGGAGUUCAUCAGUUCUGAUAAAAAGCUGAAUCCUGAGUGUCUCUCUCUCUACAGGAUUAAUUCCUAUCUGAAUUCUAAUAUUGGAAAACAUGUUUACAGUCCCCAGUGUUGCGGGAGCUCGAGGGGGCAGAAGUGCAACCCCGCCCCCUCAAAGCAGAGUCGCGUAUUCACCCACCGGCUUCACCGCAGUGAGAGAAACACGCGCUGACCAUGAAUAACAUAUAACAUGAGCCACAGCUGAGUCACAGCACUGCAUCCACCGUCUGGGCGAGAAAACAGCAAAUGAAAAGCUUUCCAGGGAAAUGUGAAAUGAAACAUUGGAGGAAGAUUUGUAAUGUGUGUCUUGUAGGGCUGGGCGAUUAUGGCAAAAAUCUAAAUAAUUGAACUUUUAACCUCAAUUACGAUUAAUGAACGAUUAUCUCCACCCUUGAUGAACCAUUAUAUAUUUUCACAGUUUCUUUUGUUUUGUAUUUUACACUGCUGCCCUCACACAUGAGGAUCUUUAGGGAGUGAAAAUAAUGAUGUUUUAAGGUGUGACG